AUGGCACCGACGAGGACGUUAAGAGAGCGGCUCCGGUGGAGCAAGCUCUACUCUUUCUCUUGCGUCCGUCCCUCUAGUCCGUUAGACAAUGAGGCUCCGUAUUCUCUCCCAGGUCCGGGCUGCUCUCGUAUUGUCUACUGCAACCAACCCCGAGUCCACCGCAAGAAACCUCUCAAGUACCCUACCAACUACAUCUCCACCACCAGGUACAACAUCAUCACCUUCCUUCCAAAAGCCAUCUUUGAGCAGUUCCGGCGAGUCGCCAACCUAUACUUCCUCCUUGCCGCCUUCCUGUCCCUCACCCCUGUCACCCCCUUCUCCGCUGUGAGCAUGAUUGCGCCUCUGGCUUUUGUUGUCGGGCUCAGUAUGGCGAAAGAGGCAUUGGAAGACUGGCGGAGAUUUAUGCAGGACAUGGAAGUUAAUAGCCGGAAGGUCAGUAUCCACAAGGGGGAGGGGCGGUUUGGUUACAAGCACUGGCAGAAGAUUCGGGUUGGAGAUGUUGUCAAAGUAGAGAAGGACCAAUUCUUCCCUGCUGAUUUGCUUCUGUUGUCAUCUAGCUACGAAGAUGGGAUAUGCUAUGUCGAGACUAUGAAUUUGGAUGGGGAGACGAAUUUAAAGGUCAAGAGAUCUUUGGAGGUAACUCUGCCCUUGGAUGAUGAUGAGGCUUUCAAGGAUUUUAGGGCCUUCAUACGGUGUGAAGACCCAAAUCCGAGUCUCUACACAUUUGUGGGUAAUUUUGAAUAUGAACGGCAGGUCUACCCUCUUGAUCCAAGUCAGAUUCUUCUCAGAGAUUCAAAGCUUAGAAACACUAGCUAUGUCUACGGAGUUGUUAUUUUCACUGGUCAUGACAGCAAAGUUAUGCAGAAUGCAACAAAAUCGCCAUCUAAAAGAAGCAGAAUUGAAAAGAAAAUGGAUAAGAUUAUAUACAUACUCUUUACGCUUCUUGUAUUGAUUUCACUGAUCAGCUCAAUCGGGUUUGCAGUGAAGACAAAGUAUGGGAUGCCAAAAUGGUGGUACUUGCAACCGCAGAAUACCACUAACUUGUAUGACCCAUCAAAGCCUUCAUUAGCUGGCAUCUUCCAUCUUAUUACAGCCCUUAUUUUAUAUGGAUAUUUAAUACCCAUUUCGCUCUAUGUAUCAAUUGAAGUUGUCAAGGUCUUGCAAGCCAUGUUCAUUAAUCAAGACCUUCACAUGUAUGAUGAGGAGACGGGAAUUCCAGCACAAGCGCGGACCUCAAAUUUAAAUGAGGAGCUUGGGCAAGUUGAUACAAUUUUAUCAGAUAAAACUGGCACUUUGACCUGUAAUCAGAUGGAUUUCUUAAAGUGUUCCAUUGCGGGAGUUUCAUACGGUGUGGGUUCUAGUGAAGUGGAAAUGGCUGCAGCAAAGCAGAUGGCCUCAGAAGCUUCCAAUGCUCCAGAGCAGCUUAGCAGCAGUCAGGAUUUCUGGGAGGAUAGUGGAGGUGCUUUUGGAUCUUCAGAAAUUGAAUUGGAAAGUGGGAUGAAUUGUACAGUUGAAAAGCCACAAAAAUCUAGAAUUAAGGGUUUCAGUUUUGAGGAUGAUCGUCUUAUGCAUGGAAAUUGGACAAAAGAUCCCAAUGCAGGUACCAUUCUUCUGUUCUUCAGAAUACUCGCACUCUGUCACACGGCAAUUCCUGAGAUGAAUGAGGAAACUGGUGGUUUUACCUAUGAAGCGGAAUCACCAGAUGAAGGGGCAUUUCUUGUCGCAGCUAGGGAAUUUGGAAUUGAGUUCUGUAAGAGGACUCAAUCAAGUGUAUUUGUCCGGGAGAGAUAUUCCUGUUCUGAGAACCCUGUGGAAAGGGAGUUCAAGAUUCUCAAUCUAUUGGAAUUCAGCAGCAAAAGGAAGAGAAUGUCGGUAGUUGUACGGGACGAGAGUGGGCAGAUUAAUCUUCUGUGUAAAGGUGCAGACAGCAUCAUUUUGGAAAGACUGUCAAAAAAUGGAAGAAUGUAUGAAAAUGAUACUAGCAGGCAUCUAAACGAGUAUGGAGAAGCAGGCUUGCGGACAUUGGCACUAGCAUACCGGGUACUUGAGGAAUCCGAAUAUUCUGCCUGGAACACUGAGUUUGUUAAAGCAAAAACUACCAUAGGGCCUGACAGAGAAGCCCAACUCGAGCGAGUUUCUGAUAUGAUUGAAAGAGAUUUAUUUCUUGUUGGUGCAACUGCUGUGGAGGACAAAUUACAGAAAGGAGUUCCACAGUGCAUAGAUAAAUUGGCACAAGCUGGUCUUAAGAUCUGGGUUCUGACAGGUGAUAAGAUGGAAACUGCCAUCAACAUAGGAUUUGCUUGCAGUUUACUUAGGCAAGGCAUGAAACAGAUCUGUAUAUCCAUAAUGAACAGCGAUUUGGUAACUCCGGAUGCUAAAAAGGCUGCAAAAGAGAAUAUUUUGAUGCAAAUCACUAAUGCCAUCCAAAUGGUCAAGCUGGAAAAGGAUCCUCAUGCAGCAUUUGCUCUAAUUAUUGAUGGAAAAACUUUGUCAUAUGCUUUGGAGGAUGAUAUGAAGAAUCAGUUUUUGAGUUUGGCAGUUGAUUGUGCUUCUGUCAUAUGCUGCCGGGUCUCCCCAAAGCAGAAAGCACUGGUGACUCGGUUGGUGAAAGAAGGUACGGAAAAAACUACUUUGGCAAUUGGUGAUGGUGCAAAUGAUGUUGGCAUGAUUCAAGAGGCAGAUAUUGGUGUUGGUAUCAGUGGGGUGGAAGGAAUGCAGGCUGUGAUGGCCAGCGAUUUUUCCAUUGCCCAGUUUCGGUUUCUAGAGCGGCUUCUUGUUGUCCAUGGGCAUUGGUGUUAUAAAAGGAUUGCCCAGAUGAUCUGUUAUUUCUUCUACAAGAAUAUAGCCUUUGGCCUCACUCUAUUCUACUUUGAGGCAUAUACUGGCUUCUCUGGACAGUCGGUGUAUGAUGACUGGUACAUGCUACUGUUCAAUGUCAUUCUCACAUCAUUGCCGGUUAUAUCACUGGGAGUAUUUGAGCAAGAUGUUUCUUCUGAAGUCUGCUUACAGUUCCCAGCAUUAUACCAGCAAGGACCGAAGAACCUUUUCUUUGAUUGGUAUAGGAUAUUCGGGUGGAUGGGCAAUGGUCUCUACUCAUCCCUUAUUAUAUUCUUUCUGAACAUCAACAUUUUCUACGAUCAGGCAUUCCGUGCAGGGGGCCAGACUGCUGACAUGGCCGCUGUUGGGACCACCAUGUUCACCUGCAUCAUAUGGGCUGUCAACAUCCAAAUUGCCCUAACAAUGAGCCACUUCACGUGGAUCCAGCACCUGUUCGUGUGGGGAAGCAUUGCCACAUGGUACGUCUUCCUGGUUGCCUAUGGAAUGUCUUCACCAUUGAUCUCUGGAAAUGCCUAUCAGAUACUCCUGGAAGCCCUUGGACCAGCCCCUAUGUAUUGGGCUGUAACACUUCUAGUUACUGCUUCCUGCAAUAUCCCCUAUCUGGCCCACAUCUCCUUCCAGAGGGCGUUAAAUCCUCUGGAUCACCAUGUGAUCCAAGAGAUCAAAUACUAUAAGAAGGAUUUGGAGGACCAGCAUAUGUGGAAGAGGGAGCGGUCGAGAGCAAGGCAAGAAACUAAGAUUGGUUUUACUGCAAGGGUGGAUGCCAAGAUCAGGCAGCUGAAGGGGAAGUUGCAGAAGAAGUCAUCAACAUUCAGCAUUCAAAUGGUGUCGUAACAUUUGUCAAAGCCUAUUGUAACGGCAUGCUACUCCAUACACAGCAGCAAAUUUAUUGCAUGGAAGUUCUUAAAGCAAAAAUGUUUCCAAUCAACAUUGUAUUGCAACUGGAUUGUGAUCUGGGCUUGAACUCACGUGCUUGAUGCAUCCCUUCUGUUGUGAGAGGAUCAUGGGAUCAAGUCCUAUCAAGGCCUUUAAUUAUGAUGCUGCUAGAGGCUUUCCCAAUGUGAUGCACACAGCAUGGAGGCUUAUAGAGCUAAUUGAUUGGACUUGGUGCUUGGUUCUAUACCAAGGGACCUCUAGAUGUAGCAUGUACAGAAGGAAAUAUUGGAAUGUCAUCCGGCAAUUAUCAGGAUACACACACAGGCGCCUGCGGAUAUGUACAUAACGUACAUUACUACGUACAUUCGUACAUACGUGUGUGUGUGUGUGUGUGUGUGUUGUAAUGCUCACAACAGUUGUCAGGAAUCUAAUGACUCUGACUGCAGUUGGAUAGCAAGUUGAAAUUGAAAGUUUACUUACCUGUGGUUUCAGCCAUGUUGACAGAGGUAAUCCAGCUAUGUAGUUGUGAGAGAAAUAAGGACCUAAUCUAUACAUGGUUAUCUUGGCCUUCUUUAGAGCUUCAUUGUUAGGUUAGUCACUUGAGUACAAUGGACUUGGUUACCAUCAGAGGAUAGUGGCAGAUGUAAUCUACUGGAAGGGAGGGAAAAAAGUGAUAAGAUUGGGAGUACAAAUGGACCUUUCCUAUGGAAUUUGUUUUUUUUUGUAUUAUAGAGUUUCAUCAUCAUAAUUCACUUUCCAUUCAAGGUCAUUCAGCUUACAUUGCUGUCAUGUAGUUGAAUGUACCAUCAUUGCCAAGCUAGUGUCUGUGAUGUCCUGUUAUUCCAAUCUCUUGGCAUGCAUGCCCCUAAUAGCUUCUAUCACCCUUCUCCAGUAGUUCUUGGGAUCUGUCCUCAUAUGUGUUUGUUGUUUUGCCCCACAAGCCCUUUUUUUUUCCUUUUUCCCUAGGCUGUUUUAGCGAGGGUCACACACUUAGACAUUGACCAAACAGAAUGUGGAAUAACAUGGAUUUAAGGAACCUGUGUUUCUGUUGCCACUUAUUUUAUGGUUCUGUUCACUUUCAGAAAUUUUUUUUUUAUGCUAUUUCUUUUAUUUUAGCUGCCCAAAGAGGUCUGUUAUCUUAUGGAAGGAUUCUUGUUUCUUGAUGGGAGGAUCAACUAUAUGUUAUUAGGGCAUGGAAUUUUUUAUAGUUCUAUAUACGUUGAAGAAUAUUGAUGGGUAAAAGAAUCUUUUUGGUUAUAAAUCUUUCAUCUGUUCCAUGUAAGUAGGAAGGUAUCUGUUCCAUAUAUUCAAACAGACCUUGCGUGCAUCAUUACAGUGCAUGGUCACCUGCGUAUAUAUGCAAUGAUAGUUUAUAUCGUGUUUGGAACUUUGUAUUAGUAAACAGAAAUAUUCUUU